ACUAAACUUACACAGUUCAAGUGUCUGAAGAUCAGCAUUACACUUCACUCUUCAUACCUGCAAACAUUUCAGAAGAUCUGUCAUUUAUUUGAUAUGUUAAAGAAUAUCCAGAUAAAAUCACUCCAUGAUAAAACUAGCGACUGAAAAUCGACUGGAGAUCCAACAACAAAAAACAGGAAGUCUUGCAGCUCAAAUACGAAUAGAACGACAGCAGACAAUGGCGGAGAAUCUGCGUCAGAGGAGGAAUAAUGCAGAAGCUCCACUGGAGAACAAUGGCAACAUUAAUAUUGUCCUCCUGGGGAAAACCGGAGUUGGGAAAAGUUCUGCAGGAAACACCAUUCUGGGAGAGAACAAAUUCAAAUGUGGACGAAGUCUGUCUCCUAUUACAAAUCUAUCUAGUGUUGUGAAAUCAGAGAUUAAUGGCAGAUCUGUGUCUGUCAUCGACACUCCUGGGUUUUUUUGUACUAAUCUUCCAAAAGAGCAGCUCUCGAGGGAGUUUGCGGGAAGUGUGUAUCUUUCUGCUCCAGGAGUUCAUGCGUUUUUAUUCGUUGUGCCGUUCGGCAGGUUUACUGUACAGGAGGAAGAGAUUCUGAAACAAGUGCAGCAGGUUUUUGGUAAAGAUGUGCUGAAGCAUGUUAUUAUCCUCUUCACGUACGGAGAUGAAUGUGACAGAGAGAAUAUACAGUCAGAGAUUGAAGGGAAUGAAGUUGUCAAAAGAGUCGUAGAUAAAUGUCAGAAUUACCAUGUGAUCAACAACAGAGAUCUGACUGACAGACAGCAGGUCAAUGAUCUACUGCUGAAAAUUGACACAAUGAUAGAGUGGAAUCAAGGGUACUACACCAAUGAGAUGUAUGAUUUGGCACAAAUGACCACAUGGGAAAAAUUCUGGAAAAUUGUUCAGGAUGUUUGUGAUGCUAUAGUUGCAUUUUUCCUGAACCUGCGUAACAGAUUUAAUAAUAUCUCGAUACAAAGACUGACGCAAUAUACAAAAGUUUGUACAUAAUCAAAAUCAGAAUUCAUUCUUUGCUUUUGAUUUAUUGCAUAAAACCUGAUUAAAUAAAACCUAAAUGUGGGACAGCCUUAUCCGUUUAUGAGGGAAAAUUAUGUAAAAAAUGAAAAUGUAUUAAUUGAUAAUUGACAGUCUCUGUGUGUGAGUUGAAAGAUUCAUUAUGUUUUAGCUACAGUGUACUUCAACACAUUGUAAAAGAUUGUUGUUAAAUGUUAAAACAGAUCAUGUUUGGUCCUCAAACAGUAUGGAAUACAAGAUGCACUACUUUAUAUGUGUAUGUUUCAUUUAUUAAGAAGAGUUUUGUGUAAAUAUAUACUUUCUAAUGCAAACUAUUGAGGCUUACAACAUUUUAUGCCUUAAUGCAUAUUCAACAGGCACUUAUUUAUACACAAUAUAUCCACAAUUUGCUUAUUCAAAAUGAUAGAAUAUUGCUUUACUGUAAAAAAAAUUUCUGAAAUAUGAAAUAACUUUGACAGGUUACAGAACAUCCUCGGCUCUGCUGCUGUGGGUUAAUGCUUGUGCUUAUUGUUUUUAUGCUUAGUGGUUUUCAAGUGGAAUAUAUUUCCUUAUAUCAAACACUCUGAAUAAUAUGUCAGAUAUGUUUAAUGUAGAUUGUACUGAUAUGUUAAUAGAAUUCAUGACACCUGUUCAAACCUGACAGAUACUGACAAAUAUAUAUAUAUAUAUAUAUAUAUAUAUAUAUAUAUAUAUAUAUAUAUAUAUAUAUUAACAUCUGCAAUAAACUCCGACAAGACCUUA